AUGUCUACUGCUUUGCCUUAUACACUGGCUGGAGCCUCAUUGCUCUCAACAUUUAUUGUUACAAUUCUCAAUGGUAUUUCUUAUGCAACUUCAAAAUCCUCAUCCGACUUGCCUCCUCUCAUCCUGAGUGCAAUCAGCUGCUUGGCAUUGGUUAUGCUCAGUGUACUCCACCACAAAGACAUUCAGGGCCGUCUACAAUGGGGCUGCAUCACCGGCGGAUAUCUACUCAUUGCUUCAGCUAUUUCUGCAGGAGCAAUGACGUCAAGCCCCCAAGCCUCUGUGUUCGUCACUCGCGCUGUAUUCUGGACUUUUGCUGUCUUUGCCCAAGGCCUAUACUGUGGAUUCAUUGCCAUGCCUCUGAUCCAAGAAAGACAAAACCCCGAAUGGCCUCGUUCAUACCCUGAGGAACUCAAGUCUGUCCCUCAGAGCCCUCAACUUCUUCCAUCGCCACCGCGAGUAUGCGAUCUAUCAGAAUUAUUCGAGCCAAAGCGUACCUCCCUGCGCAAAUUCCCUCGUCGCUCCAAUCGCUUCUCAGACGCAACACUCUGCCAAAGCACCAAAGAAACCAAGCGAGUGUCAAUCGAUACUUCGUCAACAAGAUCCACCCGAACCCAUUCCCCAACGACAGACAAAACACCAUUUGAAUCCAGUCACUCCCUCCCCCUCCGAGGAAGCAACAGCAUCCGCAGCAUGCCCAGCCUUCGUCGCAACCCACCAACCCACCUCUCGCUAGACAGUCUAGUCCAACGGUCCCCAGCAGGCUCAACCCUCAACCUAGACUCACCAACUCUAUCAACCUUGAGCACACCAACAUUAAUACCCGCCCCAACAUCAGCACAUUCAACCUGGGAAUACAAUCCCUUCCAAGAUACAAAUAUCCACCCUCUCUUCCGCUCCACCAGCCCAGGUCCCUCCCCCACCACCGCCCCAGGCACAAUGCUGAAAGCCUCCCCAUCAGCCGGCCACACCCUGACCAAGGGGACGAUUACACGCAUGCGCUCGGCCCGGUCAUUGCGCGAGCAGAGCAUGCGUACCCCCUCACCGAUGCCAGGUGUCGAAUUGGACGAACUGCCUCGGAGGAAGGAUCCGGCUCGAGCGAGCUUCACAACUUCUCAAACCGAGAGAUAUGAACUGAACGAAUCCCCUUAUGAAAAGUGA